AUGGAGAAGGACAAGGCAGCGAAGAAGAGCGCCAAGGAGGAGAAGGCCAAAGAAAAAGUGGACAAAAAGAAGGACAAGAAGGACAAGAAGAAGAGCGGCAAACACCCCUCAAAGGCGGACAAGAAGAAGGCCACGGACGCCACUGGCUCGUCGUCUGCAGAGAGGGUGAGGGAGCUGAUCGUGCUGGAUGGCCGGGUCACGAGCGACUGGGUCAAGCUCUUUGAAAACGAC